CCUCAGAUUUCCACAUCAAGCUGCAGAACCCGAAGAACCUCGAAGAACCCUCCGGUCCGGUCCGGCGAACGACCGGACCGUCGCGGUGGGCGUGUGUUCGUCGACCGCUGGACGGUUGCCCAUGGUGAUGCACUUUGAAUAUCCGAUCCACUUGGGAAUCGCCUACCUCUUCCUCAUAGGCUACUUGUGGAGCCGCUGCUUCCGCGCGCUGAACCUGCCCGGCGCGGUGGGGAUCAUCGUCAGCGGCUUCAUUUUUUCGCACUUCAUCCAGUCGGAUUUAUUGCAGGGCCGAGACCAUCUGCAGAGCUUGGCCUUCUUCCUGGUGCUGCUCACCGCGGGCUUCGAGAUCUCCAUGGACGAGUUGAAGUUGGAGACCUUUGUCUUUGCGCUCUUCCCGGUGACCCUGGAGCUCGUGGGCAUUAGUGGCUAUGCGGUGGGCGUCCUCGAGUACGGCUGGAUCGAAGGCUUGGUCUUGGGCACCACGCUGUGCUGUUUGGGCGAUGGCUUGGUGAUCCCCAAGAUGGUGGAGCUGAAGAACGAUGUUAGCUUCCAGAAGCUGGGCCUGCCAAGGUUGGUCUUCACCUGGGCUCCUUUGGAGGCCUCCUACGUCCUGACGCUCUUCGGCAUCAUCCAGGGCUUGGCCGAGCCGGCGGAGCAGGAAGGCCAGGGCUCUAUCGUGAAUCUGGUCUUUGCCAACAUUGUGCGAUUAGUGGCCACGCUGGGCUUUGGCUCGCUGAUGGGCUGGGUGGCCGCGUACGUGGUGGUGCUGCGGCGUCAAGGGCCCGAGGGCUGGACGGUGUCCAUGGUCUUCCGGACGCUGCAGCGAGUGCUCCGGCGCGAAGACCAGGAGAGGCCCCCGGAGCCGGAAGAGGAUCCCCAAGGGCCCACGGAGGCGACUGGAGAGGAUCUCUUCUUCUCGGGCAGCAACGUGGAGGCGUACCUGCUGAUCCUCUGCGUGGCGCUGGCGGGCUUCGGGCUCGGCGCCUCCGAGGGCCUCACGCCGGUGCCCAUGCCCUUCAGUGCUGGUUCACUCUUCCAACCGGAGCUGCUGGUGAUCGUCAUCGGCGCCUCGUUCGCCUACUUCGCGGGGCUCUACGACGAUGAGAAGCUGGAGGUGUACCGGCAGGAGCUGCUGAAGGAGGGCAUGAAGGAGGGGUCAGAAGAGCUGGAACUCUUGCUGGAAGAGUUUGAAGAAAGGGAGUCCACCUUGGAAGGUGUCAUGCAAGUAGUGGGUGGCGUUUGGACCUUUGGACAAUUGGUCUUGUUCAGCAUGCUGGGGAGCAAGACCGAUCUGGGCGUUUUUCAGCAGAUCUUCUUCGUGCUGCCCAUCAUGGUGGUGGGCAAGCUCUGCCGCCUGCUGGGGGUGGUGUUAGCCACCUACGGCACCAUCCAUCGGCGAACCUGUGGUCCCGAGGUGCACCAGUGCGAGUGCGUGCAAGUGAACCAGAGGACCUGCUGGCGCGACGCCCAGUUCUGCUUCCUCUCCACGCUGCCGAGGGCGACGAUCCAAGGGGCGCUGGGGCCCAUCCCCAUGAGGGAUCGCUUCUUUAGCUCCGAUCCCUUGAGUCUCGAGCGCACCCAGUUCAUCGCAGCCUCCGCGAGCCGCAGCGGUCGCGCCCGUCGAAACUCGCUCGCGAGCUCGCUCGCGCCGGUGGCGGCGGCUGCGGUGACGCGGCCUGGCAAGUCUUGUCCACUCUGGCGUGGCCACGCAGCUUCGACCUCGAAGCUCGGCGCUUUUGGACGUCCCGAGGAAGUUUAUUCGACGCUGCCGACGGUUGGUAUGGUGGACAUUUUUAUCAGCCACUCUUGGUCAUGCCCAUCUUGGAUGAAGUUCCUCGCAAUGUGCCAAUACUUGAACUUAGACUUUGCCAUCAAAGCCUCUGGCCUGACCUGCAGCCUGGCAAUUACACUUCUAGUCUUCCGCGCAGGAGGUCUCAGUGCCGUGUCGCAGGCCAGUCAAGGCUGGCUCUAUGGCUCCGUCGUUUGUGGCCCCAUUGCUGUGUUCUUGGGCACGUACUUCUUAGGCCACACUUGGCGCCACGAAUCCUUCUGGUUUGACCGGGUGUGUGUGAACCAAGCGGAACUGGGGGAGAAGGCGAGGACCCUGCAAGGGAUCCCGGCAUUUGUUGCUCACUCACAGCACAUGCUGGUCAUUUUGGACAGCUCAUAUUUUGAGAGACUGUGGUGCAACUACGAGGUGGCUGUGGCGGCGAAGACAGCGAAGAUGGUGCACUUGGUGCCUGUCUGGGAACCUGUGUGCGCUUUGGGGGUUCUGGCUUUAGGCCUGGUCUUC